CUUAUUUUUUUUAUUUGGAAAAAAAUAGUAAAAUAUAUAUAUGUAAAAGGUGAUUUUUUUGAAGAAAAGAACAUUACAUGAAAACGUUAUGAUGCUGACGAAUCUGAAACAGCUUAUUUUCUCUCUCAAAAUGAAGAGAACGAGGAGAGAACGUAACAACAACAUCCAUCUUCACGGUUCUAACGACUUUUGUAUCGGCCUGAACCGGAUUCUAUGGCGGAACCGGCAACGUAUCUUCUCCUUCACCUCCGGUUGUCUCGUCCUCUUGUUCUUCGUCAUAUCCGUUUUCGCCCCUCCUCCCGACGCCGUUAAUCCUUUCCUUCCUUUCCUUCCUUUGCACUCUUUGGUGAGGAAAGAAUCCAAUUUUAAAGCGGUGUUUCAGGUUCCGGCAAGUGGAGGAAAUUUAGAUCGUGAUUUAUGGAGUUCUAGUCUAUCAAAGUUCUACUAUGGAUGCAGUAACGCCUCUAAUAUGUUUCGAACUGCUGAUGUGAAAACACAUCCCAAUCGUUACUUGUUGAUCUCCGCCAGUGGAGGGUUAAAUCAACAGAGAACAGGGAUUGUGGAUUCUGUUGUAGCAGCAUAUAUUUUAAAUGCAACACUGGUAAUUCCCAAGCUUGAUCAGCGUUCUUACUGGAAAGAUAAAAGUGGUUUUGCUGAAAUAUUCAAUGUUGACCGGUUCAUUUCAUCUCUCUCUCGAGAUGUUCGAAUCGUCAAAGAGCUACCGCUGGUGGGAGGUAAACCUUGGGUACCACGUCGAAUGAGUCUUCCAAGGAAGUGCAAUGAGAAAUGUUAUCUGAGUCGUGUUCUACCUGUUCUGAUUAAAAAGAAUGCUGUUGAGCUUAGAAAGUUUGAUUACAGGCUUUCAAAUAGGUUGGAAACAGAUCUACAGAAGCUUAGAUGUAGGGUGAACUACCAUGCUCUAACAUUCACAGAUCCCAUUCUUCACAUGGGCAGACUCUUGGUUGAAAGGAUGAAAAAGAAAACCAAGCAUUUCAUUGCAUUGCACUUGAGGUUCGAACCUGAUAUGCUCGCAUUCACCGGAUGCGAUUAUGGUGGAGGAGAAAAGGAAAGGAAGGAACUUGGAGCAAUCCGGAGGAGGUGGAAAACUUUACAUUCGAGCAACCCUGCAAAGAUGAGAAGGCAAGGGAGAUGUCCGCUAACACCGGAGGAAAUCGGUCUACUGCUCAGAGCAUUGGGUUUCGGAAGCGAUGUUCACAUAUAUGUGGCGUCGGGUGAAGUUUAUGGAGGUGAAGAAACGUUAGCCCCGCUCAAAGCACUCUUUCCAAAUUAUCAUUCAAAAGAGACUAUAGCCAGUGAGAAGGAGUUAGCACCAUUUUCAAAGUUUUCCGGUCGCAUGGCUGCACUUGAUUACAUCGUCUGCGAUAAAAGCGAUGUUUUCGUCUCGAACAAUAACGGAAACAUGGCUAGAAUGUUAGCCGGUCGGAGAAAAUACUUCGGCCACAAACCAACAAUUCGACCUAACGCUAAGAAGCUGUACAAAUUGUUCUUGGCCCGAAACAACAUGACGUGGGACGAGUUCGCCUCUCAGGUUCGAGCUUUUCAGACCGGGUUCAUGGGAGAGCCGAAAGAAGUGAAACCCGGCAGAGGUGAGUUCCAUGAAAACCCGCAUAGCUGUAUAUGUGAGGCCGAGGGAACCGAAACAUUUAAAAAACAAACCCUCGACGAUCUCCAUGAAAUCGAGUACAAUAUCAGGGAUGCUGCUGAAGCAACCGAUGAACAAGAGACCACUGAGUAUGAUCCGGAUUGGACCGAGGUCGAAUAUUUAGACAACACUAAAGAACCGCCCGAUACGGACAGCAAUGUGUCGAACAAACAAGAGCAACCUGAACUUGAAGAGUUAUUUUCAGACUAGAACCGAAACUGAAGCAGGUUGGAAGAGUCGGUAAUGAAUUAUAUGUCUUUUCACCCCUCAAAUUAUUUGGCAUUCUUUUUUACGAUCAUAUACAUAAGGAAUGGAGGUUGCUGCCAUGGACAACGAUUUUCACCGUCUCUGUAGAUAAAAACGGCAAGGCCGGGGCAGUCCGGUUUCUGUAGAUGUUGGAAUGUGAGAGGUAGAAGAAGGUUCCUGUUUUUCUUUUUUAUACAUUAUAAUCGUGUUGGACGAUUUCUGCCGCAAGGCAAUUGAUGA